GGAUCAAUAUUUUCACGCAAUGUUAGACUAACUUGGCAGCUCCGUGAUUAGCGGCAGUACCAGUGUUAAAAUCUUGUGUUUUCAUUCUUAAACCCUUUGUACUUUUGCACGUUGCAGCAUUUAUUUCACUCCGCAGCGAUUCACAUUCAUCAAUCAAACUACAGAUCUCACAUAAAGUUCCAAUCGUUACUCCGAAAUCUUCAAGAAUCUGAAUUCUUUGCCUGCAGUCACUAUGUAUGGAUCCAAAUUCACUUCAAGAUCCCUGCUUUUUCCCUUAAUUCUCUUCCUGUUGCUCUCUUCCUUCAAUUUUGCAUCAGUAUUAUCAGAUAAUGAAGAUGCUGAUGAUUUGGAAGACAUUAACGAACUAAUAGCGAUAGAUGAUUUGCAAGACAGCGGAGAAAAUUCACAGCCCACAACCCACUAUGAAAGCAAAGAUUUUGGAAAGAAAUCUGAAGCAGAGGUUUUGAGCAAGGCCCAGAGAAUAGUUCUUGAACUCAACAAUGAUAAUACAAAGAGGGUAAUUGAGGGGAAUGAGUAUGUUUUGGUUUUGGGUUAUGCCCCAUGGUGUGGCAGAAGUGCUGAGCUGAUGCCAAGAUUUGCUGAGGCUGCAAAUGUGUUGAAAGGCUUGGGGAGUGGGAUUGUGAUGGCUAAGCUUGAUGCUGAGAGGUAUCCAAAGGCUGCUUCAAGUCUUGGGAUUAAAGGGUACCCCACUCUUUUGUUGUUUGUCAAUGGCAGUUCUCAGCCUUACACUGGUGGAUUUUCAUCGGAAGAAAUGGUGAUAUGGGCAAGGAAGAAAACAGGGUCACCUGUUAUUAGGAUAAACUCGGUAGCUGAGGCAGAGGAAUUCCUGAAGCAGCACGCUAUGUAUGCAAUCGGGCUGUUUGAUAACUUUGAGGGACCUGAUUAUGGAGAAUUCAUAAAAGCUGCUGCAGCUGACAAUGAAAUUCAAUUUGUGGAAACUAGCAGCAGCGAGGUAGCCAAAGUCUUAUACCCUGUUGUCAAGCCGACAAGACCUUUUUUUGGUCUUGUCAAAAGCGAACCAGAGCAUCACACUUCAUUAGAUGAAAACUUGACUUCAGACAGAAUCUUGGAAUUUUUGGAGAAUAACAAGUUCCCAUUAGUUACUGUAAUGACUGAGCUCAACUCUCCUAAAGUAUAUGCCAGCCAAAAGAAACUGCAGGUGUAUGUCUAUGCUGAGGCUAACGACUUGAAGAAGCUUCUUGAGCCUUUACAAGAAAUUGCCAAGAAGUUCAAGUCAGAGAUAUUGUUUGUAGCUGUGGAUAUUGAAGAGGACAACCUCGCAAAGCCCUUCCUGACUUUAUUUGGCCUAGAAGAGUCGGAGGAAACUAGCGUUAUUGCUUUUGACUACAAUAGCAAUUCCAAGUAUCUGUUGGAGUCGAAUCCCACAUCAAGAAACAUUGAGGAUUUCUGUAUGGGGCUUCUGCAAGGGACACUGUCUCCAUACUACAAAUCACAACCGAUUCCUGAGAAUAAAAACGCCAGUGUUCUGACAGUUGUGGGAAAGACAUUUGACGAUGUGGUCCUUAGAAUUCCUGCAAACAUUGUUUUAGAGGUCCAUACACCAUGGUGCAUAACAUGUGAAACAACGAGCAAGCAGGUCGAGAAACUGGCCAAGCAUUUCAAGGGGCUCGAUAACCUUGUUUUUGCAAGGAUAGAUGCUUCUACAAACGAACAUCCAAAAUUGCAGGUCGAGGACUACCCGAUGUUACUCUUUUACCCUGCAAACGACAAGUCAAAUCCGAUCAAGCUCCCUACAAAAUCCGGCUUGAAGGACAUUGCAGCACUAAUCAACAAAAAUUUGAAAAGUCAAGACACCUUGGCCAAAGAUGAGCUGUAGUCGUUUCUUAACAUACCGUUGAAGUUCAUUUUGCUGCAAGAAUUAUAAGAGGAAAAGUACCAUGAUCACAGGAAAGUUUACCAGAAACGUAGAUACAACUCAUGUAGACGUCACUUUCAUGAACUUAUACUGCAAGGAGAUAACCUAAACGCCCGUAAAAUUUAAUGUAUGUGGUGUGUAUGGGUAGAGAAAAUUGUUUUCUUUUUACUAUCUUGUAACAGCAGAUCCUAUACAUGGACGAUUGUGAUUGUGUAAAGUUGAUAAAUUUUGGAAGAAACGUUAUAUCGACUAUAUUUAUUGUUAUUGAGUAUGAUGUUCUUUCAGUUGGCAA